CGCACUUCCCCUCCCCAGCAGGAAGGGAGGGCGCAGACCGGUGGGCGCGUCCCCUGGCCGCGCACGCGCAGUCCCGCCGGCGUGCCCUAGAGUGGCCUCGCCGCGCCGGAUUCUCGGCGCGCCGGGAGUGCGCCUGCGCGGUCGCCGGGGCUCGCCACCUCCGGGUUCCCCUCCCCCUGGCGCCCCGCGGGGCUCCGAGCCCAGCGGGACCAUGUUCACCAGCACCGGCUCCAGUGGGCUUUACAAGGCACCUCUGUCCAAGAGCCUCCUGCUGGUCCCCAGUGCCCUGUCCCUUCUGCUGGCUCUGCUGCUGCCUCACUGCCAGAAGUUCUUUGUCUAUGACCUGCAGGCCGUCAAGAACGACUUCCAGAUUUGGAGGUUGAUUUGUGGAAGAAUAAUUUGCCUUGAUCUGAAAGACACUUUUUGCAGUAGUUUACUUAUUUAUAAUUUUAGAAUAUUUGAAAGAAGAUAUGGAAGCAGAAAAUUUGCAUCCUUUUUGCUGGGUUCCUGGGUUUUGUCAGCCUUGUUUGACCUUGUUCUUGUGGAAGCUAUGAAGUAUUCAUUUGGUAUCACUGCAGCCAGUAAUUUGCCUUCUGGAUUCCUGGCGCCUGUGUUUGCUCUGUUUGUACCAUUUUACUGCUCCAUACCAAGAGUCCAAGUGGCACAAAUUCUGGGCCCGUUGUCCAUCACAAACAAGACAUUGAUUUAUAUAUUGGGACUACAGCUUUUCACCUCUGGUUCCUACAUCUGGAUUGUAGCCAUAAGUGGACUUAUUUCUGGAAUGUGCUAUGAUAGCAAAAUGUUCCAAGUUCAUCAGGUGCUCUGUGUCCCCAGCUGGAUGGCCAAGUUUUUUUCUUGGACACUUGAGCCUGUCUUCUCAUCUUCAGAACCCACCGGUGAAGCCAGGGUUGGGAUGGGUGCCACCGUGGACAUCCAGAGACAGCAGAGGAUGGAGCUGCUGGACCAGCAGCUGAUGCUCUCCCAGUUUGCUCAAGUGAGGCGACAGCGGCAGCAGCAGGGAGGGAUGAUCAAUUGGAAUCGUCUGUUCCCCCCGUUGCGUCAGCGGCGAAAUGUAAAUUAUCCAGAUGGCCGGCGUCCUGAACAGCAAGCAUCCCCGCCUCUGGAGGUUUCGGAGGAACAGGUUGCACGGCUGAUGGAGAUGGGAUUUUCUAGAGGUGACGCUCUGGAAGCCCUGAGAGCCUCCAAUAAUGACCUCAACGUGGCCACCAACUUCUUGCUGCAGCACUGAGGAGCCAGGAGUGGCCCAGCCAAACGACAGUGGUAAGGUCCCCACCGCCGAUCAGGACUGAGCAGCCCCUGGCAAGCAACGCUGUCUUCAGGAGGAGGUGGUUCUGCUGCAUCCAUCGUUAAAACUCCAAGAUUGUUACUGUUUUAGUAUCAAAAUAAGUUUGUCAUUAAAUUAGCAUGUAUUUUCUA